CGAGCCCGCGCGCUCCCGCCCCUCCUUCGCGGCGCGCCGCUCUGUGAACCCAGCAGUUCUCCCUCCCCCCGGCGCGGCCGCCCCAGGCUGAGCUGCGCCUGCCCGUGCAGCAGCCGCGCGGGAGGGGGGAGGCGGCCGCUGUUCCUGGAAGAGCCCGGCCUGGGGAGUUGGUCACAUUCUUGGCCGGGAUUCAAUGACUGAGGCAGACACCAACAAACAGAAGGGGGGAGGAGGAGGAGGAGUGAGGGAGGCUGAGCCAGCCCGCAUUAGCUCAGCUCUCAGGCACUCUCAGUCUCUGCUGGAAAGAGGAGCUGGGAGGAUGUGCGCGCUGUUACCGCGGCUCCCCACGGCACGCUGAGAGCGAGAGGAAGAAAGGAAGAAAGGGGAGCGCGGCGCCGGGGAGCCCGCCCGGAUCGAGCGAAGGGACCGCGCGGGGAAGGCAGCCCGCCCGCAGCCCCGCGCCGCUUUGGAAGUGUCGGAGAUUGGGGCCUUUUAAUUCUAUUCCGCGUUGCUCCUUCCCCGCACCGAGCCGCCUUCCUCCUCCCGCUUUUUACUUUCCUCCCCCGCUCCUUCUUCCUGGUGGAUAUGGACACGAGCGGGAUCGCUGCAGAGAAGCAGCAGCCGCCAGCGCGUAUUUAACCCGCGGUGUCCGGAGCGCGGUUCGGACCGGCGUUCCGGGGCUGGCAGUGCGCGCUGCCUGCGGCCGCCGGCUCGGAUGAGGACCUCGCUUCGACGUGACUCUGCGCUCCGGCCGGGCGGCGUCGGGGCCGGGCACGGCGAGAGAUUGUGACGGAGCGACAGAACGGAAAGGAGAAAGAGACGCGUCCGAGAAGGAUUUAUUUCCUCGCCGUCUGUGGAUUGCUAAACCUGAGUGGGAAGGGGAGAAAACAAGGGUGGGUGGUUGUUUUGUUUAAAAAAAGAAAAAAUCCCUUAAGUGGAUUUGUACCAGCGUGGAAGAUAACUGGGGAUUUUUGUUGUUUGUUUUGGGAAUAGAAACUAAAAAAUGGAGACUGUAAGUAGAAGCAGCUUCCAGCCUCAUCCAGGACUGCAGAAGACCUUGGAACAGUUUCAUCUGAGCUCUAUGAGCUCCCUGGGUGGCCCUGCUGCUUUCUCAGCGCGAUGGGCACAGGAGAUGUACAAGAAAGACAAUGGCAAAGACCCGGCGGAACCUGUGCUGCAUCUGCCCCCUAUCCAGCCCCCCCCAGUGAUGCCUGGUCCAUUCUUCAUGCCCUCGGACAGAUCCACUGAGAGGUGCGAGACCAUCCUGGAAGGGGAAACCAUCUCCUGCUUCGUGGUGGGUGGGGAGAAGCGCCUUUGCUUGCCCCAGAUCCUGAACUCGGUGCUCAGGGACUUCUCCCUGCAGCAGAUCAAUUCGGUGUGCGAUGAGCUACACAUUUACUGCUCCAGAUGCACCGCUGACCAGCUGGAGAUCCUCAAAGUCAUGGGCAUCUUGCCCUUCUCUGCCCCCUCUUGCGGGCUGAUCACUAAAACUGAUGCUGAGAGGCUUUGUAAUGCCUUGCUUUACGGUGGCACCUAUCCUCCCCACUGCAAGAAGGAAUUCUCUAGCACGAUCGAGCUGGAGCUUACAGAGAAGAGCUUCAAGGUGUACCAUGAGUGCUUUGGGAAGUGUAAGGGACUCCUGGUACCAGAGCUUUACAGUAACCCCAGCGCAGCCUGCAUCCAGUGCUUGGACUGCAGGCUCAUGUACCCGCCUCACAAAUUUGUGGUCCACUCUCACAAAUCCUUGGAAAACAGGACUUGCCACUGGGGCUUUGACUCUGCAAACUGGAGGUCCUACAUCCUCCUCAGCCAGGAUUACACUGGGAAAGAGGAGAAAGCUAGGCUGGGCCAGCUCUUAGAUGAAAUGAAAGAAAAAUUUGACUAUAACAACAAAUACAAGAGGAAAGCCCCCAGGAACCGUGAGUCUCCUAGAGUUCAGCUCCGCCGGAACAAAAUGUUCAAGACAAUGCUGUGGGAUCCAGCUGGAGGUUCAGCGGUACUGCAGCGUCAGCCAGAUGGAAAUGAGGUCCCUUCAGAUCCUCCUGCUUCCAAGAAAACCAAAAUAGAUGACUCUGCUUCCCAAUCUCCAGCUUCUACUGAGAAGGAAAAGCAGUCCAGUUGGUUACGGUCCUUAUCCAGUUCAUCUAAUAAGAGCAUUGGCUGUGUCCAUCCCCGUCAGCGCCUCUCAGCUUUCCGGCCCUGGUCCCCUGCUGUAUCAGCAAAUGAGAAAGAGCUCUCAAGCCAUCUUCCUGCAUUGAUCCGAGACAGCAGUUUUUACUCCUACAAAAGCUUUGAGAAUGCUGUGGCUCCCAACGUGGCCCUCGCACCUCCUGCCCAACAGAAAGUUGUGAGCAAUCCACCCUGUGCCACAGUGGUGUCCCGCAGCAGCGAGCCGCCCAGCAGCGCCGCACAGCCACGGAAAAGGAAACAUGCUGCAGAGACCCCGGCUGUCCCAGAGCCAGUGGCCACUGUUACUGCGCCUGAAGAGGAUAAGGAAUCAGAAGCAGAAAUUGAAGUAGAAACCAGGGAGGAAUUCACCUCCUCCUUAUCCUCGCUCUCCUCCCCAUCCUUUACUUCAUCCAGCUCUGCAAAGGACAUGAGCUCACCUGGGAUGCAAGCCCCAGUCCCAGUCAACAGUUCAUAUGAGGUUGCAGCACAUUCUGACUCUCACAGCAGUGGGUUGGAAGCUGAGCUGGAGCACCUAAGGCAGGCCCUGGACAGUGGCCUAGAUACAAAAGAAGCCAAAGAAAAAUUCCUCCAUGAAGUUGUUAAAAUGAGAGUGAAGCAGGAAGAGAAGCUAAAUGCUGCCUUGCAAGCCAAACGCAGCCUACAUCAGGAGCUGGAGUUCCUAAGAGUGGCAAAGAAGGAGAAACUGAGAGAAGCAACAGAGGCAAAGCGCAACUUGAGGAAAGAGAUUGAGCGUCUGAGAGCUGAGAAUGAGAAGAAAAUGAAGGAAGCCAACGAGUCUCGGAUACGGCUAAAGAGGGAGCUGGAACAAGCCAGGCAGAUCCGGGUUUGCGACAAGGGUUGUGAAGCUGGCAGGCUUCGGGCCAAGUACUCUGCCCAGAUUGAGGACCUACAGGUUAAGCUUCAGCACGCAGAGGCUGACAGGGAGCAGCUCCGAGCUGACCUGAUGCAUGAGAGGGAGGCUCGAGAACACUUGGAAAAAGUAGUCAAGGAACUUCAGGAACAGCUGUGGCCUAAAUCAAGCAGUCAAUCCAGCAGUGAAAACACAACGAGCAACAUUGAGAAUUAAACCACCACGUCGUCUCAGACAGACAGAAUGACAAAUAUGCACAGUAAGGGAGGAUGUGUGGGGUACGUGUGUAAGUGCAUGUGUGAGUAGUGGUGUCCUGACACACAGAUCUAUGAAUACGGAUUCUUAUUAGUUGGAAGGCAAAUGUUACUCUUUAUAACAGAAGCACUGAAUUACGCCUCUUUUGUUUUUUUUUUCCAAUCCAUAUAGCACAACAUCUUACUGUGCCUAUAAAACACAAAGUGUUUAUAAACAAAAUACUUUUAAGUCCACAGCAAAUUUUCUACUGGCAAACUCCAAGCAAGCAGCAUCGUCCAACUAGAAUCAGAGAAAAAGGCAAGCAUGGCAGUGUUUUUAUGUUGCCCUUCUGCCUGUCGGAACAUUUUGGAAUUUAAAAACAAACUUUUCUUAUAAGCUAUUUAAAGUAAUUCAUUACACAGACUUGGUAUUAAAAAAAUUAACAAGAUUUUUUAUAAUGAACCUUUAAAAGCAAAACAAAAACCUUCGAUGCACAAUUUUUAUGACUCAUUAAAGGCUUUGGGAUUCUUAACGCAGAAGCCCUUUGGUGAUGAUGCCAUUUCAUUAGCAGUUUUCCAGCCGUUUAGGAAGCCAUCACAGUUUUAAUCCUGUCCUGUGGUUGUAUGAGAAUUUCAGAGUGCUUUUCAAAGUUGAUUUUUUCCUUAGAAACAAUCACCUUCAUUUCCUGUCCUGAACACAAGAAGAAAGGAAGAUGCAGGAUUGUAAGGGUGUGGGGGGGCAGGAAGAGAAGAUGGACGCUUCAGAAUUACAAACCCAGCCUUACAGCCUUCAGUGUUUCAAAUCACACCAUAUUUUCUACAGAAAUUAAUCUCAUUAAUCUCAUUAAUCGAUGUGUUCAAAAGACGCACUUCAUCCAAGAGCACUUCAGCUUUAGGAAAAGAAAGAAGUAAAGGAAGGAAAUGGAUGAUCUGUUAAGUUGGUUGAGAAAUAAAGCAGAAGAUGUGUUUUGAAGUCAUUCUGAAAUCUUCGCAUCAGCUUUCGGUUCUCUGGAAGACUCAUCUUUGUUGCACCAUCUUACCAUAGAAUUCAGUAUUUACCUACUUUUAUUCUGAACUGUUUGUCAGGAUUUCUGUGCCCAAGGAGAGUGCAACAUCGCAUUACUGGAUACUGCAGAACAGAAGAACGACACUUUUGCUGCUGUGAAUAAGCCUACAUCUUUUUUAAAAGAAAAACUUCUGUUUUUAAAAAUAGAAAUUACUUUAAUUUUGGGAUCCAAGCCGCAGCCCCGGAAUAAAAAUGCAGCAUAGCAUCACUUUGUCUUACUCUUACUGUCAUUGUCGUCGUCGUUAAUUUUUUUUAAACUGCACUUUGUCAGAACAUUACUCUGCAUUUUAUUCCAAAUUUUGGAAGUUUACAAGUUAAGCAUUCUCGAUUCUACUCUGCAGAUGUUAAAAUCAUCACCACCAUUUCCACCACGCACCGUCAUUUCCAUGUGUGCAGAAGGGGAACUCAGUGGGUACAGAACGCUACCAAGCACAAAGGGUUUCACAGCUGUGUCUGUCGAGGCUGGGAAGUGCUCAAAUUCAGUUGGUGCUUUACUGAAUGACAGAGAAGUUAUUUUCACCCACACACACUCACCUCUGAUACACUCAAGCUCAGUGAAAAGUUGAUCUGGGGCUGCAGUUGUGCCUUCCAGCUCAUUUUUCCUCUCAGCAUCUUCUAUAGGCAAUGCUGACUUUUUUUUUUUUUUUUUUUUAAACUUUAAGAAUAAAAAGAAAAAAAAAAAAUUCCUAUGCAUCAUCAUACCCAGAAGUUAUUCUAAACAAAGAAAUGUAUUUCCAGUAAUCUUUAUUUGCUUUUGGACAUUAAUGCAAACUAUGUAAGCUUAAAAAUUAUUUCCCUGUAGACAGAAAGCGGCUUCCAAUCCUAAAAUUACAGUAUUUACUUACAGUACAUUAGAGGGUUUUUUGUUGUUGUUUGUUUUUUGUUGUUGUUUGUUUGUUUUAAACAAGAGCUGUUUGCUUGAAACCAUUAUAAUAACCAUUAUAGUAACUGUGAGCAUUAACAGAGAAGUUCAUAUAUACGUUUUAGGUACAAAAAGAAGAAAUAUGAAAGGAGUAGAAUUACUGGGACAAUGUAGAACUGUUGGGAGCAAGAAACAGUGACAGCAAAUAAAUGACACAAACCUGCCUGGUUGUGCAGGGCUUGGCCCUGUGCGUGGGAUGCUGGAGCCUGAGGCUGGAUGCAGAACUCCUCUUCUAAAGUGCAAUGCAAAAGGAUUUUGAUUAUGCUUAGGCAACGUUGUUGGGUUUUUUUAAUGUGGGUUUUUGUUUUGUUUUUUUUUUUGCUUCUUUGUAUGUUUUUUUUUUUUUUUUCUCUGCAAUUAUUAAAUCAUAUGCAUGGAAUUAAAAUCUCUGCCAUAUGUAUAUUCAUUAAUGGGCAUUAUUACUGUCUUAUGUAAAGGGUUUAUUUUGUUAUGCAGUAUGCAUAAAAAUGUUCUCAGCCUUAUGAUUUCCAGAUCUGUAUUAUUCACUGAUUUCUUCAAGGGAAACUGAACAAUUUUAGCUUUAGUUGAUCAUUGUGCAUUUCAGAAGUCUCCCGUUUGCUACGUUUUGCUGCCGUGUCAAGAAAUUACACAUAGAACACAUCUGUUCUCACCCCAAUAUCAGAUUCCUGAAAUCUGCCUUUUCAGAUACUGUUGUUUUCUGUGACUCACCCACUCAUGGGCAGCACAGCCCUCUCCCUUUGCUUUUCCUUCCAGGAGCGGCGCCCACUGACCUGUAGCACAUGGCACUAUUUAUUUCGUGUCUCAGGAAGGAUAGUGACUCACUGCCACAACUUCUGUGCAUAUGAUGCUUUUACCCUCCAACAUCAAUGAAUUCUGCUUUUUUUUUUCCUCGAAGAAAAAAAAAAAAUUAAUAAGAAACAUUUUUCUUAGCUGUCAAACCACCAUCAUCAUCUUUGUUUCUCACAUAGAUCAGAUGAGAUUUGCAAGAAAUCUUUCUAAAAUGAAUUACAUUAUGAAUUAUGUACUAUUGUUAGAAAAGCACGGCUUCUUCUUUUGCCAUGUCUUACAAUGAAGUGUAAAACGUGACUAAAUCACAGCAUUUGAAGUUAAGACUUAUUAGCGUUUGAUUCUAGGGAAUGGAAACACCCUAGUAAAAAACGUCUGCAAAAUCAGGUUUACAAAUCAUUGUGAUUGAAUAAGGUGCACAGAGGCUGACAGCAACCCCUUUCCACCAGCAGUUAAUUGACAGGGGAGUUUUUACAGGAUAGGAACUGUAAAUCAUUGUGUGUCUUUCCUAAGUAUGCUUUUGCAGUGAAAUCUUGAUACGUUCUGCAGAAAUAAUUAUUUUCUAAUUCAGAAUUCCUGUGUAUGUAAUUUAUUUUUACAGUAAUUCUGUCAGUAUGAAGCCAUAGAGACACUUUCUAAAAACGUCUCUCCAAGCGGGGGGAGCCUUCAGGGGAAGCCGUGCUGGAGGUGUUGAGGUGAGGGGUUCUGUGUGUAAUUUCUGUGUCUGCUGCCCUGCCGUGGGGCAGCUCUCACUCACUGCUCAGUCCGCAGGUGUAGGAACUGUAGAGGCCAUUUCUCACUCCAUCUGCUCUCUAGUUUCCUUUACGAAGUUAAAAGGGAGAAGAGGUGUUUCACACAGGCUGUUGACUCUCCCUGUAAUUAAAAAUAUAUUACUUGUAUAUUCAGUUUAAUCACGCAUUGUUUCUAUUACUGAAAGAAGACUUAACGAAGGGAAAAAAAAAACCAACAGCAAUAACAUUCAUAUCUUUGGAGCAGCUAAUAGUAUAACAUAAUAUUCUGCUUUUCAAACAGAACUAGCCAAUGUAAAAAAAACUUAACAGUAAAUUCAACAUGUAAAUACUUUUUUUCAUUUUACACUGUUGUAUUAUAAGUGUAUAUGGUGUUUACUUUUUCAAAACUCUUUCUUACCUGGUAGCUGUCUUGUUUUAUGAGUUGUGUUUUUAACUAAGAAGAACCUUUGCUGUCUGUUAGGAAAAACAAAACCACAAAAAAUCUUUUUGCGAGUUUCAAUGUGGGUUUAACCUCCCUCCAUCAUUUGCAUUUUAUUUGUCCAUGUUUUCACUGUAAAGUAUUUUAUUACCAAAAGAUUGAUUUCUCUUUCUGUUCUGCCCUCCCCUCAGAAUCAGCCCAGAUGUUUUAAGACUUUUUUGUUGGUUUGGUUUUUUUGUUAUUGUUUUGGGUUUUUUUUCUUUUAUUUCUUUUUUUUUUUUAAUGAAAAAUCACAGAAAUGACAUUUUUUCAAUUGAAGAAAAAUAAAUCUAUACAUUUAUAAUAGCCAAUAGCAUUUCAGCACAUUUUUGUUAUCCUGGUCUCUCCUAUGCUGCUGCUAAUGACAAUAUUAUGACUUACUCUACUAUUCUAGAACUAUUUUUAUGUAAGUAAUGUAUGCUUUCUUGUUUAUAAAUGCCUGAUUUAAAAAAAAAAUAAGAAAAAAGCUUGGCAUAUUUAUCUAUUUCGCUGUGUACCUUGAUAGUCCUUUUCCACCCCCUUUUCCACAUCCCCUCCCCUCGAAGCAGAUAAUAUUGUAAAAUAAAGGACUUUAUGAGAUUAUGUAUGAAAAUAGCUAUGCUUAUAUACCACAGUGACUGAAUGUACAGUGUAUAGACGCAUUACCUAAAAUAAAAUUGUUUGUCCAGAAAAAAAUAAA